UUACUAAAUAUAUUUUGAAUUGAAUUUAUUUAUUUACGAUUCAGUUAAGAAAUUACUAUUUUUUCACAUUGAAUUUGAUAUGUUUCGUCUGAUCGUUAUUUAAUGACAAAAUAUUAUUAAUUUUAACACAAUGGAUAGCUAUUUGGUUUAUGAGGCUAAAAGAGUUAAAUGCAGCAAGCCUCUCCAUAUUGGCCAAACUUUUGUAGAUUUAUACGGCUCAUUUUUAGCUGAUGAUGCAAGAGGAGACAUUACACCUGUAAAUGAAACUAAACAAAAUCAAAUACAAAAUUGUUCACAAUACUAUAAUAAAUUUAUAUCUUCUGAAGAACUGGAAGAUUUGGAGAGAAGGUGCAAUCCAGAUCUGCUUAAAUCUGAUAGUGAUCCAAAAAAAAUUAAAUUUGAAAUUUAUAAAGCACGAAAAUUAUAUUCUCGCCAAGACCCAGACCCUGAUGCAAAAUUGGAAACAUUGAAACACUUCAAAAAAUUUAUGGAUCUGGUUGAUAAUACAAAUAAAAAUGUUCUUCUAACAGCAGAAAGAUAUUUAAAGUAUAGAAGUGUUGUAUCAGUAGGAAAUGAGCGUUGUGAAGAAUCUAUUUCUCAUAGUUAUUCUCCAAUAAUUACAAUUAGAUCCCAUUAUCCAUUUAGGCAUGAACUUAGGAAGAAAAAUACAAGAGGAGUUCCAAAGUUAGACAGAGAAUUCAAGAUUUUGGGCACAACAAAAUUGACUGAAUUUAGAGAUGCGUUAAGCUGUCGACAAGAUCUUGAUACCGGAGAAGAAAAAAGUAAAGAUCCAAAUAAAUCAACAACUCCAGACACUUUAGGCCCAGCACUCUUCUAUAUCAAUGGCAUAAUAUAUAUAGAUGAUAGAUACCCGUAUGAAGAUGGUUUCGAUUAUACAGAUAGUCUAAAGGACUGGGGCCUUCGAAAGGGAAUGGAUGUUCGAGUUUAUGAUAUGAGCACUUUUUGUUUCAAUGAUAUUUACAUGAGGCUAGGAUACCCAAAUUUAUAUCAACAUAGAGGCUGUUGUGAACAUCUAUUCGUUUUUAGCGACAUAGAAUGUACACCUAGCAAAAUGUUUCAUUCAGUUACUCAAUAUAAUUAUCCAUUAGUUUCUGCAAUAUAUUUGGAUUAUAAAACAUACUGCAUGAUGUGCUUUAGAUAUAUGGGUUCAUGGGUAACAUUAAAUAGUAAGAGAACAAUGACUGAAGAAAUGUUAUGGUGUGCAAAAUGUUUUUGGAGAUUUAAUUAUACUGAAGAUCACAAAAAAAUAGGUGAAUUUCAUGCUUAUAAAUAUUUUUCAUAAUAAUAUAUUAGCUGAUUGCUAUCUUGCAAUAUAUUCAUCAAUCACAUGGCCAUUAUAUAUAUUUGUACAUUGAUGCUAUCUGUAUAAUAAAAAACUUUAAUUUAUGACAACAUUGUAAAUAUUUUCAUAUCACAAUUAUCUGAGAAAGUCAUAACAUACCUUAAAAUAAUUUAUUUUGAU